AUGAACGACUCUACAUCGGACACCCUGCCGGCUAUAACAGACACGCAAGCGACAACCCCAACCAUCAAGACGCCUACGACUAUCGUCAAGGUCUUGGAUGCUAUCAAAAUCGACGAAGAUGGCGACCUAGAGAUUCUAGUCGGCGCAGGCGAGACCGCGCAGUCCUUUAUCGUCUGCGCCAAGACUCUUGGCCGCCACUCGCAAGUGUUCAAGAGAAUGCUUUUCGGUGGCUUCAAGGAAUCAAAACCCUCCGAGAGCGAUGGCGGCGAUUGGGUGGUGGAGCUUCCCGACGAUGAGGCGAAACCUUUUCAGAUCCUUCUUGACAUCGUUCAUGGAUGGUUCGAGCAGGUCCCCGAACUACUCACUCUCGACGAGCUGACUGCGCUCCUCGUCUUGAUGGAAAAAUACGAUGUCACCUCUUUAACACGUCCCUGGGCCGCUGGCGAAAUGGUCACGAAGAUUGCAAAUGAAUCGACCCGUUCGUCUGACGGGAGUGAGCGGCUGCAAUACGGGGGCAGUUAUCUUGAUGAGGUGACGAGUUUAGAACCGCCUGGGCUGUUUGAGAUCAUCCGAAAGCAUCGUGAGGCUGGAGUUGCCGCAGAGCUAAGUCCCUACGUGGAGCUCUACGCUAAGUUGACUACGUCCACUGGAAACGAUUUCUGGUGUACCUCGAGCGCGGAGUUGAUGUCGCGUCAGAAAUGCGACGGCCUGCUUCUUGGGACCUUGAUCAUGGGCCUCCUAAGGAAGGGUCUUCCCAUCACGGCAGAGCAGCCUGCGGAACAAUAUCUUGGCAAUUUGUCACUCUUGAGAGCUACUCUCAACGACCUACAGCUCUUUGUGAUCCAUGACAAGGUUCAGCAUGCGCCCAACUGGACAUGCAGAGCCAAGCUGGUCGAUUGGAUAGAGCAAAGACUCCACCCGGCAAAAAAGUUGAACGAGGAAGCUGUUAUGGUACAGCAUGUUCACAAGAUUCGUCUUCUCAAGCAGGCGCGAAAGACUGGGGUAGAUAGAAUUCCCGUGACUCUGAAGCCGACAAAAGCAAACCUAGCGCCAAACGGGUGGGCCGAGUUCGAAGAUAUGAGUGUGAUCUAUGGAUGCGAUGACGGAACAGUCACCGAAGACCUUGCCCUCAUGAAAUGGGCUCGUCUAUUUGCUGAAGCUUGCCAGAAACUCGGACGCGAAGACUCACCAGGUCCCAAACUUGAGGAUUGGGUCCUCCAAGCCCCAUUCAAGAAUGUUGUUCACCAACACUUCAAGAUCCCCCUUGGCCCAUGGGCCAAGAAGGCUCAUAAUAAGGAUCUCGGGAUGUGCAAUCUGGCUCAAACGCUGGAAGGGCUUGAUGCCUUCACUUUGAAACUGUUUAUCGGUGUUCUUGGGUGGACUAGAGAGGAGGUGGUUGUGCUCUUGGCCCAAGUUCGCAAGGACUUGAAAAAUAGCGCGAUCCAUGCAUAUCUGAACUAG